AUGUCAAUCUACGUAGUCGCAAUCAUCACCCCGGCGCCAGGCAAAGAAGAGUUGGUCAAAUCGCUCCUCGCCGACUUCGCCAACACCGUUAAAACCAACGAGCCAAAUGCAGUGAGAUAUCUUGUGUUGGAGCAAUACGACGGUCACGAGGGUGAAUUAUGCAAGCUCGUUGUGCAGGAGACUUAUCAUACACAAGAAGCCUUCGAUGAACAUUUCAAGACAGAGCAUUUCGCCGCGCUAGGGAAGUUGAUUGGUGAGGGUGGGUUGCUAGCCAGGCCGCUGGAUAUCAAGAAGGUGAGGCCGUUUGGAGGAUUUGAAAGCCGAUAG